GUCCAACGUGGUCCCUUCACCCGGGCUCGGCUCUUGCCUUCUCCACACUUGUUUGAUUUAUGAGGAAUCCAAGAUGAACUUGGAGCAGGAGAGGCCGUUUGUCUGCAGUGCCCCAGGCUGCUCCCAGCGGUUCCCGACAGAGGACCAUCUGAUGAUUCACAGGCACAAGCAUGAGAUGACUUUGAAGUUUCCAUCAAUAAAAACAGACAAUAUGCUCUCAGAUCAGACUCCGACACCCACAAGAUUCCUGAAGAACUGUGAGGAGGUGGGUCUCUUCAGUGAGCUCGACUGCUCCUUUGAGCAUGAGUUCAGGAAGGCUCAAGAAGAAGAGAACAGCAAGCGGAAUAUCUCCAUGCAUAAUCCAGUCGGUGGGACGAUGUCGGGGCCUGGAGCUCACCAGCUGGGCAGCACACGGAUGCCCAACCAUGACACCAGUGUUGUGAUUCAGCAAGCCAUGCCAUCGCCCCAGUCCAGCUCAGUCAUCACACAGGCUCCCUCCACCAACCGCCAGAUCGGGCCUGUCCCAGGCUCUCUAUCAUCUCUGCUCCAUCUCCACAACAGACAGAGGCAGCCCAUGCCGGCCUCCAUGCCUGGGACCCUGCCCAACCCCACCAUGCCAGGAUCUUCUGCCGUCUUGAUGCCCAUGGAGAGACAAAUGUCCGUGAACUCCAGCAUCAUGGGCAUGCAGGGCCCAAACCUCAGCAACCCCUGUGCUUCUCCCCAAGUCCAGCCCAUGCAUUCAGAAGCCAAAAUGAGGUUGAAGGCUGCACUGACUCACCACCCUGCUGCCAUGUCCAAUGGGAACAUGAGCACCAUCGGACACAUGAUGGAGAUGAUGGGCUCCCGGCAAGACCAGACGCCGCACCACCACAUGCACUCGCACCCGCAUCAGCACCAGACACUGCCUCCCCACCACCCCUAUCCGCACCAGCACCAGCACCCCGCACACCACCCCCACCCACAGCCUCACCACCAGCAGAACCACCCGCAUCACCACUCCCAUUCCCACCUUCAUGCACACCCAGCACACCACCAGACCUCGCCACACCCACCCCUGCACACCGGCAACCAAGCACAGGUUUCACCAGCCACACAACAGAUGCAACCAACCCAGACAAUACAACCGCCCCAGCCCACAGGGGGACGCCGGCGAAGGGUGGUGGAUGAGGACCCGGAUGAGAGGCGGAGGAAAUUUCUGGAAAGGAACCGGGCCGCUGCCACCCGUUGCAGACAGAAGAGGAAGGUCUGGGUGAUGUCACUGGAAAAGAAAGCAGAAGAGCUCACCCAGACAAACAUGCAGCUUCAGAAUGAAGUGUCUAUGUUGAAAAAUGAGGUGGCCCAGCUGAAACAGCUGUUGUUAACACAUAAAGACUGCCCAAUAACAGCCAUGCAGAAGGAAUCACAAGGAUAUUUAAGUCCAGAGAGCAGCCCCCCAGCAAGCCCUGCCCCAGCAUGCUCACAGCAGCCCGUCAUCCAGCAUAACACCAUCACGACGUCCUCCUCAGUCAGCGAGGUCGUGGGGAGCUCCACCCUCAGUCAGCUCACAACUCACAGAACAGACCUCAAUCCUAUUCUUUAAAGGGCAGUGGUCAGACCUGGCCUCUGAGAAGAGCUGGAACAUGCCAUACAUCCUUUCUCCAAAGGGCAUUUUUAGAAUUAACUCAGACCUGGAAGACGCCUCAGCCCUUCAAAGACUGGCUUUCAUUUUUAUAGUUAUUAUGGAAAUGUUGUCUUUUAUACUUAGUUAUAUAAGAAAAAGGGAGUUAUGCAAUGAAUAUCUAUCAGCUUGGGAAGCGCGUUGGUGCUUUUCUCCAGUUUUCUGGUACCAGUUCUUGUUUAUAAACGGAAUCUUUCCUGUAUAUAGCCAUAAUUUCAUUCUUACCAGUCCAACCCUUUGCCUGGAACAACGAAUCUUGUUCAACUACAGCUUUUAGCCAAAAUGAGGUAUACGUAGAUGUCAAAUGAGAUGGAUCCACAGUGACUGGGUGGGAAAUCUGGUGACGUCAUAACUCAUGUUGAGUUUGUGCUGUGACGUCACCAGAAUCUCAGCUAAACACAUGGACCUUCCUGAAUUUUUUUUUUCUUGUUAGAAAAAAGAAAUUAUGGUCCAUCGAUGUCCCAAGAAAGCCACCAAGCAUCUCAGGCCCUCUCCUGCUCUUGCCCACUUGCUCAGAUGUCCAGUAUCCUUCUCCAAGACCACUUCCCUGGAUUCCUUACUUACUCUUUGUUUGGACUCUCUUCGGUUUUGCCUUUCCACCUUUAGCUUUGCAUGUGAAGAAGAAAAUAAUGUUUAAAGAAGAAGAAAAGCAAAUACUGAAACUGUGGACCUAACCAUUGCUUCACUUGAGUUUAACCCACAGCUGGAGUUCAUUCAACUCCUGCCUUUCACAAAAAAAAAAGUGACCAGGAGAUGUUUAAUGUGCCUGAUUUAACGUUUUUAAUAACCAGAGCAAAUAAAAGGUGGUUUGGUUGUAGGUGAAGCACUGUUGAAUGCCAGCUGUGGAGACAUUAGGGACAGGAACUUUGUAAGCCCCAACUGUGAAAGUCCAAAUUAGGAUGUGGGCUCUGACAUCACACCCUCGAAUUACAACUCGUUUCUAUGGCCUGUCUAUAAUGUUGAAAAAUCCAUGCACUAUAUAAUAGUUCAGAAGGGCUCUGUUCACUACACAGAUUACAUUGUUCAAUCAUCAGCUGCUAAUAGCCUAAGAUUUAUUAUUAUUUUUUUCCCUAAGCCUAUGGAACCAGCUCUGUUAUUCUGGUGGGCAAAAGUAGGCUCACUCCUGGAGACAGAAGGAGGGAGAAAGCAAGGCCAGUGUUUCUGCAGGGUGCUUGCAGUCUGUCAGAACAGACAGACUCUUUGGCUGCCAGUUGAGUUCCGUGGAGGUGGCCAGGCUGAUGCACUCUUAUGAAUGGUUCUGAUUUAUAUUUUCAGCAACUUCCAUGGACUUGCCCAUUAUGAAAAGCAGAUCAAACCUGAACCACAGUUGUGCCUCCUUGAAACAAGCCAUUCUACUCUGCUGGUGUUUUAAUAUCAUGUUUCACGAAUAAUAGGGGCUAAUGUUUCUCACUAGCAGUCAAGGCAUAUGCUGGUGUUUCAUCUCCGCCCAAAUACUUCACCUCCUAACCUGUGUGUGUGUGUGUGUGUAUGUGUGUGUGUGUGUGUGUGUGUGUGCGCACAUGGGUGUGUGUGCCAGUGUGUGUGUGUGUGCGUGUGUGUGUGCGCGGGUAUGUGUGUGUUUAUGAACAGUAUAGGUUUUAAAAGAACAGUAUUUUACAAAAGCUGUCACUUUUAUAAGAGUUCAGUAAAGGAAGGAUGUACUUUUUCUCUCACUAUAGUUUAAAAAAUCUAUUUUAGAGGAAAAAAAGAAAAUAUGAGGGCUCUGAAGCAUGAUUUUUAUAACUAGUUUCAGUUUUAUCUAAUAACUUACUUUUAAAAUCAAUAUUUAUCAACAAUUUUUUCCAUGUAUGCUGUGCUUUUGAGAGACAGGUUUGACUGUUCGGUAAAGCUUAAAAGACUUGGAUAUAUGGCCUAAGAAUAAAAAAACAAAUGCAAAAAAAAUAAAUAAAUAAAAAGAAGAAAAAAAUGGAACGGGAAGAAAAAGAUGAGGUGAACAGAAUUUUCUAUUGUAUUUUAGGAAAUGUAAGUGUAUCAUUUUCAAGUAUUUUAAAUACUGAAUUCAUAUUGUUAUUAUUUUCUUCUGAAUUCCGGCGGAAACAGAAUGGUUGAACCUAACUGGCUUCCUAAGAAAAGUUUAAGACUUAGAUUUGAAAGAAGUUCAUAUUCAUGACUCUGGUUUGAAAUCAAAAGUAAUUUUCCGCACAAUCCCUUCCUUAGGCCAGGUAGGUAUCCUGCUCCCCUCGAAAGACAGGGGGCGCAGGUUGGAGCAGCUGAGCUGGUCGCUGUUACCUUGCAUUUGCUUUGAGUUAAACAAGACCCUUUCUCUCUUGCCUACAUGUUUAGCCCCUGAAGAAAUGGGUUUCUUUUUUUAGAUCCACCAGUAAUACCACAACGUCCAGGGAGUAACCUGUCACUGAAAUUAUGAUUUUUUUUUUUUAAGUUUACUUCUCUCUCGCCUCUUCACUGAAAUCCUUAGCUGUUAAAUGGGCGGGCUUUGCAGCUAAGAACUUGCCUGCGUUUUCUUAAUUCAGCGACUCGACAGCUUGACUGAUGUGCAUUAUUUAUAGCUCAAUUAUGUCUGUUUUUUAUGCUAAGUAGGCAAGCCACCACACACACAGCCAACCUUUCUCAACAUAUAAUUAGAAUCAACCGCCUUCGUGUUCCGUGCAGGGCCUUUAGGUGUGUUUGUUUGUCGUAGGGAGCUGCUUCUUCAGUGGGGGUACCAGCCUGUUGUCAGUACUUCCUAAAAUCCCAGAGAGAAAAGCUUUUUUGGUGAAAUCUAAAACCUGGUCCACCCCUGGUAAAGAUGCCACAUAAAGGUCCAGUCUUCACUGGAUGGCAGAGCCUUCCUGAAGGGACCCUGGCCGUGCCUACCAUACACCAGCCACUCCAAGAGAGCAUCCUUUUAAUACCAUUAUCUUCUCCCAGCCAGUUACUAUGUCAGCCAUGCAGACUUUUUUGUGAAUCAGAAGUAAUGGCCUUCAGAGUCCCCCAUCCAAGGAAGAGAAGCCCCAGCAACACUGCUUCUCCUUACUCCUGUGGGGCUCCGUUAUCAUAGGAUCUGCUUCUGAAGUCCCUGCCAGCCUCCUGGGCACUUCUCCAGUCCCUCCCUCCCUAAUGUGCUGAGAGCUGGUAACUUAGUCCACCCCAGAGCACUUUGGCCUUGGCCGGGUGGAUUCUCACCUCGAUAAAGGCAUUGUUUCUCUUUGACCCCUUCCUCAAUCUAUGAUGUUGGGAUAGGUAGAUUGAAAGGCCCACCUGUGGGUGAAUGUACUAAUCUCCAAGCUAAAUGUCCAGUUACAUGUGGUCCCCAGGUGACGGUAGUCAUCCCUUUCCUACCCUUUUGUUAACAUGUGCAGGUCGCCAUGGUAACACAACCUGUGGGAGACCAGUAGUAGGUGUGCCCGGCCCCCGUGUGUAUCGUGAGAUUUGGGUGACUAACUCAGCCUGUGCUCCUUGGAGCUUAUCUAGUCAAUAAAUAAAAUGCAGUGUGUGUUCUGAGAGAGGUAUCAGUGGGGGGAGUGUUCAGGUGACUGUUGCCUGCUAGUAAAGUAAAUUGUAGUGGCUUAGAGUUUGCCAUUAAAAUCAUAAACCAGCUUCAGAAAAACAAAAACAGCCCUUAGCUGGGAUCAUUUUUGAAACACCAGUAACUGCUAUAAAACUAGCCUUCCAGUUAGGGUAGAAUGUCCUUCUCUUUGAGUAAUUAAACCAUCUGAGAAAAUAUAUAUGUAUGUAUGUGUAUACAGUGGGAUUCAAGGACCAAAGCAAAAUUUGAACAGGAAUCUAUUAAUUUAGAAUUUAUAAGAUAUUUAUUAAUAAAUGUUAUUUUAAACAUUCCAUUUGAACAGUAUUCUUCUAUAGGGUCUACGUGUCUUGAAACUCUUAGUCCACAAUAAACUGCCCUAGUUAGGGUGCCGUUUGUCAGGCUCUUGGAUGGCUAUUCCCAUCACUUGCUUGAAGCCCAUGCUUUGAUCCCUGUGCCUAGACCUUUGGAGGCUUGUUUGCUGUUCUGUGAGUUACUGGUUAAUCUACAUUCUGAGAAAGGUUUUUUUGUUUUGUUUUGUUUAAAAAAAACAACAUUUAUUUCUUCUUUUCAUUUUUAAAUUAAGCGCUUUCAUUUAGGAAGAAAUUCAACAGAAGGGCAUCAGUGACAAGAAGCAGAACAACUUUUUUUAUUUUUUUCUUUUCUGUCUUUGUUUUUGCAUAAAAUGCUUUCCUCCUCACUUCUCUUCACUGCACAACCAUCUCCCAGAACACCUUGCACUACUCAGCUCUCUGGAGCUGCCUGGCCCCUCGAAAAUAAUGGGUAGCAGCUUUAAAACUCUCAAGCUCCGUCCCAUCGUGUCGUGUCGUUGUAGCUGAAGGGGAAGGGAAGCCCGCUUCCCCGGGUAAAGCCGUGCCUGUGCCUACGCCACAGCAGUGAUUUAGAACCUCUCUUCUGCUUUGAAAAUAAUUUAUAUGUUAAAGUUGCACUUUAGGUCUUGACCCCCUCCCCCUCUCUCUGCUUCUUGGUCUGACCUCUCUCUUGACCUUCAACUUGCCUUGGCUCCACCCUUCACAACUGUUCUGUGUAGGCGUCGGUGCUGCCCCAUUUCAAAUCCUUUAUAGAAAAUUUGCACCAGGUUCGUUCGUAUGUGCACUCAUUCCUAGCGUGGCUAGGCAGCUCUUCUCACAGCCUCGUGAAGCCUGCUCCAAGAAUGCCAGGAAGAGCCAGUACACAGUAUGACUUGUCCCCUCUGUCUCGUCCUUCCUUGCAUGGUUUUGAAAAUUGCUAUAUUAUGCAACAGAUGUGAGGCAGCAACUAAGCUAUGCUUAUGAUUUCCUAUCUCAUCCUCCAAACCAAAGUGUCCUGAGUAAGCCAGGAGACUUCUCGUCUUGUGUGCCAUGGUGCACACUUUACUGUUGUCCUAGCCAUAGUCUGUGGAAGGCUGCUGAAGCAACAGUGGCCCUGCCCUCUUACUCCUAGGUCUCAAAAAUACAAUGUUGCCUUGUAGUGUGACUAAGGGCAGCACCUCUGUAUUAUAAUUACAGCUUAAGGAAGGAUCAGAAGACAAAGGAGCAAUAAACUUAUGAGUCAAAAUCCGAUACCAAAACACACAGAGAACUUCUCAGAUCAGCCUAGUUCAUCGUGUUGUGACAACAGAAAUAUGUCACUGUGUUCAAAGUCUCUUGCUAUUCCUUGUGGAACUUUUCAGUGAUGUAAUGCUUGUAGCCAAAUUGCUUAAAGAAUGCUUAUAUAUUUUUUCCUUAUAAAUCAUCUAUUUUUUGAAAAAGAAAAAUCUAUUUAACUGCAAACUGAAGAUAGAAUAAAGCCAAAUUGCCAGCAUUUGUUCAAGCAUUAAUACCAGUAAGUGGCCCUCUGAUGCCUUUCCAACCUUAUCACCAGGAAGGAAUCAAUAGUCAACUGCUAUAUUUAAAUCAAGUUAAAGCAUCUAGCUCAUUAGAAGUCAGGACCUAGGGACUUCUUCCUAAGCCAUUUAAGGUUUCCUACAUUGGGGUUUAUAUCCUCGAACUUUAUAGGGAUUUUUUAAAACAUAAAAUCAUUUCACCUCACAUCAGACGAUGUGGGACCUGAAUAAAUUAGCUUUAACUACAUCAUUCAAAUCUUCCACACAAUCAAUGCAUUAGAUUUGCGUUUGCUCCUUUAAAAUGCCAUACUGCUGAAAUUGCAAGAGACAGUAGUGGUGCCCCAUGCAGGGAGUUAAGAGAAAGGACCCUUCCCAAGCAGCUGUGGGCAGGAAGACCUGCCCACCCCUUCCUUUCCAAGAUUUCUGCUAAUCUCAUCUGCCUCACAGAGAGAAACACUGCCUUUGAAGAUUGUCUCUGAGGAAAAAAAAAAAAAAGCUUGAAAUGCUCUCCAUAGAGAGUACAUAAUACUUGGGAUCUUCUGAAAAGACCCCCAAAUAAUGGCUCUGU